AUGAAUAUAGAGGGUUCAAUCAAUCAAAUAUCUGGGUUGGUAUCUAAACAAUUGAAGAUUGCCGAUGUAUCUAUCAAGACGACAAGUAUAGAACAUAUUGAUUGGAAUCAAAUAAAACGAACUCCACAAUAUUUAAAACAGAAAAUGAAAUAUGGUAAUGAUUCAUUUACUAUAGAUGAAGAGUUUGAUGAUUUAGAACAGAACUUGAACCUAUUGAAUAAAAAGAUUAUUAGUUUACUGAAGUAUCAUAGAAGUUUUGAACAAAUUAUCACCACCAUAAAUAAUCAAUCUGAAACUAUUGCCACUUUAUUCAAAGACUUCUUCGAUCCAUACAAGAGUAUAUCAACUUGCAGUGAAACAGAUAAUAAGGUUUUUGAACAAGAAUGUGCUAAAUGGCAGAAUUUAACCUAUUACAUUGAAAAUAAUAAGAAAUUACUCCCUUCAUUUAAAUCUGAAAUGGAAUUGUUAAAUUUUGGUUUUAGAUGUUGUAUGGUUAUAUUGGUAAAUUAG